AAAGCAACGGAUAUAUCCCUCCAGUCGACGACAAGAAAGGCCGCGAGAUAGUUUUCUAAGAGCGUCCUCUAUUAAAUUAAUCAUAAAUAUUUUUAGGACUUAUAUUGCCGAAAUAGUCUGCAAAGAGUUUUGUGAAAUUUAAAAAGUUAAAGUGAAGUGUCAAAAAAGUUGGCGGCAAAAGUUCUUCUACACUUUUUUAAACUUAAAUAUCAAAUAAAACUUGCAAUUUAACUAUUUACUAUAAAUGUACAUACAUAGGUAGGUGUAAUGUGAAAUUAAAAACCAAACUUUAACCAAAAUGUGCAACAGAAAUCAACUGCAACAAAAAUAAUAGUUUUUCAAGUGGCUGCAGUGACAAAUUGACAUUUUCUUUUUUCACAAUGGGGGCUGGCAAAGUGUCGUUUGUCAUAGUCCAGUUGUUUGCUUUCUUCACAUGGCAUGCGACUUCUCAGGAGUACGUCAGAAUGGGUUCCAACACAAACGCAGCCGAGGCCAUGCAGUUUCUACGGGAAUACGACAGAGAAGCUUCUGGAAUGUGCUACAGAGUAACAAUGUCGCAAUGGCGCUUCGUCACCAACAUAACCGAGUACAACCGGCGACGGAUGCUGGAGGAACUGGCUCUAAACUCCAAGUUCGAAAGACUCUCAUGGAGGAAAGCCGCUGCGUAUGACGCCACCAGGGUCUCCGAUGUGCAGAGUAGGAGGCAGCUAGUGAAGAUCGUGCAGGGAAGCCGGGCGGCGCUGCCUGAGGAUAAGUUUAAUGAGAUCCAUCAAAUAAUAACCGAAAUGAAGGAGAUCUACAACGCAGCCAAAAUCUGCCCUUACGGCCAGAAGCCCUACGACUCCCAUCUACAAAGAGACAGCCCAUUCUACCCUCAAAGUCGACAGGAACCUUACGACCAGACCAGAUCCCACAGCCAAGACAUCUACCAGCCGUUUGGCCCAGGGUUUCCUCACGAAACCCCUGAGAACUCCAAUUAUUGUGACAUGCAGUUGGACCCUGAGAUAUCGAGGAUAUUGGCGCACUCCAGGAUUGAGAGUGAGCUGGUAUAUGUUUGGAAGAGCUUUAGAGAACAGACCGGACCGAAGAUGAAGAAUCGGUUCAUGAGAUACGUGCAGUUAGCCAACCAGGCUGCUGUUAGUACUGGUUACUCCGACGCCGGCGACCAGAUGCGUGCCUCAUACGAAGACCCGUCAUUCCGGGCGUCACUAGAAGAGAUCUACAACCAGGUGGCGCCACUGUACAAGCAGCUGUUCACGUAUGUGCGCAGGAAGCUGAUCCAGCGGUAUGGGGAGAGGGUUGUGAGGCCAGACGGGCCUAUACCGGCGCAUUUGUUAGGUAACAUGUGGGCUCAGAACUGGAAGUCUAUAAUGGAUCUUGUAAUGCCGUUCCCGCAGGCACCCAACAUUGACGUCACCUCGGAGAUGCUGAGACAAGGGUUCACACCUUUGAGAAUGUUCCAGAUGGCGGAAGAGUUCUACACCUCAAUGGGCAUGAAGCCCGCGCCUCCGGAGUUCUGGCGCGGCUCCAUGCUGGCGCGGCCGGCGGAGCGCAGUGUCCAGUGCACUGCUAGCGCUUGGGACUUCUGCAAUAGGAUUGACUACAGGAUCAAGCAGUGCACGGAGGUGACGAUGCAGGACCUGGUGUCAACGCACCACGAGAUGGCUCACAUCCAGUACUACUUGCAGUACGCGGAGCAACCACAGCUGUUCAGAGACGGGGCUAAUCCAGCGUUCCAUGAAGCGGUGGCGAAUGCAGUGACGCUAUCCGUGUACAACAUCCAACAUCUGCAGAGAGUCGGCCUCUACAACAACAGAACGCACGACCCCUACCAAGUGAGCAUGAACUUCCUGAUGACGAUGGCGCUGGAGAAGGUCGCCUACCUGCCCUUCGCGUUCAUGGUGGACCAGUGGCGGUGGUCAGUGUUUGAAGACGGCGUCCAAAAUAUGAACUCAAGAUGGUGGCAGAUGAAACUACGAUUUCAGGGCGUGAUCCCGCCAAUGCAGAGGACAGAAGCAGACUUUGAUCCGGGAUCCAAAUAUCACGUUAUUUCUGAUCAGGAGUACAUAAAGUACUUCCUCGGCACGGUGCUGGAGUUCCAGCUGUUCGAGCAGCUGUGCCAGGCGGCGGGGCAGGCGGGGCACCUGCACGAGUGCGACGUGUAUAGGAGUCGCGACGCCGGGAGGCUACUGAGUGAGAUAAUGCAGCCGGGCGCAUCAAAGACUGCGUCGGAGAUCAUUCGCACCAUGACGCGCGGCAGAACCAACCGGAUAUCACCUGAGUCUUUAGUCAGAUACUUCCGCCCCCUAGAGCUGUGGCUUCGAGUCCAAAACCGAGACGAACCUCUCAUAGGAUGGAGCUCCAACUACCAGGACAUAGGCCUGUUCGCGCCACAACGAGGCCACGGGACAACGGUUACAUUCUCUAUGGUCCUUCUAGUGUUGUCUAUGAUGCGAUUUGUUUUGUUUUUAUAGUGGGUUUUGGAAUGUGAUGUUUUGGUCACGAUACAAACGGUUAGGUACAUACUCUAUGGUCCUUCUUGUGUUGUCUAUGAUGCAGUUUGUUUUGUUUUUAUAAUGGGUUUAAGCAUGGGGAGGCCUUUGCCUAGCAGUGAAACACAGAUAUGGCUAUAUAAAAAGUGUGUUUACUGUUUAGGAAUGUGAUGUUUUGACUUUUUUUCUGGAUGUAGGUACUUAAUCCAAAUGUAAAUGGGUAUUUUUUCUGUUAUAUGUAUGGUUGUGUGUAUUUUAUAUAAGGUUACAUCGCUUA